UGUUACGCGAUUCGACACCUUUGCCACUUCGUUCUCUCCCAAUGGACGAUAGGCUGCUCCCAUCUAGCUCCUCCCGCAGAAUGGUUUCCUUCAAAGGAGCCACCCAGGUUCAUGUCACCACGCUGGACGAAGUCGUAUCUGUGAAUUCCUUCUUCACCAUAGCUGUGUUCUUGGGCCUCUCAUUCUCCAGCACCAAAGCAGCCGAUCUGGAAACAGACUGCCCCGUUGGACCCGAUGCAGUGAAGUACCUUCUUCUUUACGAAGUUCUCGCGUUUGCUUCCUUCCUAUUCUCUAGCCUUGUAGCUCACGGACUCAAGCUCUACAUCAUAUUCGCCAACAGCAACCUUAUCGAAGAAUCCCAGGCCGCGGAGAUUAACAACCGCCUCUUGAGGAUCGGAAUGCUCGCGUCGGCCAUAGGCUCUGUCGCUGGGACGAUCUUCCUCAUGCUGUCUAUGAUAAGUCUCAUCGAGCUGAGGUUGGGACCUUUUAGUUGUGAUAGCAGCUGGACGGAACGCACUGGAAUUCCCUUCAUAGUUUUGUCGUCCUCUGGUCUCCUCAUCUUCAUCUCAUCUGUUCUCUUCGCUUUCAUCGAACUCUAAUACGAAUUCUACAAAACUUUUGGAAAA